AUGGGAAACAUGCGCAAAGUCACCAGACUAAUCCUUGCCGGACUCUCCCCCAGCCCUCUACAGACCAGAAUCAUCAAGGCAUACAUCAGUAACCUGCUCAGGUGUAACCAGCCCAAACGUGCCUACGCCCUCCUUGCCCGCUUUGACUUCAGCCCACACAUCGACCUCCUUGCAGAGGCACAGCGCAUUGGCGGCAGAUUUGCCCCCAUGGCCAUCUGGAUCAGCCGCCAGCCACUUCUGGGCCAGAAGUGGAAGCACCAAGGCAUUGGAUUGAACUUUCUGUUGCCCUACAUGAUGUAA